UAAAUCGCCCCAGUAGGGCUAGAACUCGGUUCCCCUGCCAGGCCGCGUGGUCAAGUAAGCAGCGCACAAACCAAAUACCAUAGCACGGUCAAACUUCUCACAAGUCCACACAAACUACUGACAGCUUAGUAAAGUCACUUCCACAAAGCAUCAGCUAAAAAGUCUCCAAGUUGAACACUCCUGCAUGCAGCUACAAUAGCUCCAGAUUAACUAAACAAUCGGACAGGCUAAGAGGACUGGAUCUUCACAGUGGGAUUCCAUGACUGGAGGUUUAUGAUCCGGAUCUGUACUGUGGGACUCCAUGAACGUUUGUGAUCCGGAUCUGGAUUCCAUGACGGUUGUGAUCUGAGGACACUCCGAGGAGAAGCAUGAGUCAUCAGAGGACGGGUCAGAACUGGCGGGGUGGGAACCGGCGAGGUCCAAACCGACCCACGCAAAACCCAGGCAGUGUGCACAGCAGGCUGGACCGACCCACGCACAACCCAGGCAGUGUGCACAGCAGGCUGGGUGUGCCGCGGGCAGGGAACAGGAGACACGGGCCACAGCCCGGCGGUCGCAGGUGGCAGAACGCGGACCGCGGGCACGAGAGGGAAGAAGAAGGACCGUUCCUCCAAGACGCGAGAGAACGUCUCGAAGAAAGCAGACGUCGGGAGUAUGAGGAGCAAGCCGGCUUCCAGGAAGCCAUGAUCCAAGACCGGAUCUUUGUUGUAGAGAACCAGGUGUACGGGCAGGACGAAGGGAACCAGCUGUACGGUAACCAGGACGACCCCGGGCCGCCACUCGAGACCGCCGCGCCGAGCGACGUGGACUAUCGCCGCGACAACGGGUCGCUCCAGGUCACCGUUGAGUCCGGUCACCACGACGUCGACUACCGCCGGGUCCAGGUCAAAACGUCGGACUCGGAGCGAGGAAGCUACGGCAGAGAGACGAGCCCUCCUCACCAUGAGCGUUCCCCACGCCAUGAACCUUACCGGAUGUACCCUGGAGACUAUCCAGAGGUGUUGGCCCACGAAAGGUCUGUUGAGAGAGAUUUCGGGGAUCCGUAUGACCGACGUGAUGUGCGCCAUGAAACCCCAGAACGGACCGACCUGGAACACUUCGAUAUCGGAGCAGACAGGGCACGGGAGUUCAGAGAUAGAAGUCAGUCACGAACUCGGGACGACAGACGACAGUUUUCACAGGAUAGAACCAGGCGCUCCAAAGAAUUCGAAGAUGACAGACGAAGAGACAGAAGCAGGCCUCGAGACGAUGAUCGAGACAGAAACAGACUUUCUCGAGAAGAUGACCGAGAGAGAAACAGAAACAGGCCUGCAAGAAAUGUAGACGGAGAAUCUGCCCCUAACAGGCGUUCCGCAGAGCCAGUGUCUGACUGGGAGGCCCAGCUGAGAGAAAGAGCGCGGGAGUUCGGGAGGCAAGUCGAGGAGGAAAGUAGACAACGUGGCAGUCGGGAGAGGUCAGAUCCGUGGGUGGACUCUCGCGAGGAGCGCGACAGUCACAGGGAAAGUUGGGAAAGACAACGGAGAAGCCGCUCAUAUGACAGGUUAGGGGAAGAUACAACAAUGUAUGACAGAGAGCAGGGUGAAACAUACGAUCGUGGUCAGUACAGGAGGGAAGAGUUAGUCGACCACAGUGAAGCUCCAUACCGCCAUGAAGAUAGUUACAGAGACGACCGGGGCUACUCACCACCCAGGUCACCAACUUACGACAACGCUGCCUUUCCCACCGAACCGCCACCCGAUGGGCCCGGCACCCAGUACCUCCCAGGGGAGCACUCUCCACCCCUCCAACAAACGAGUUACAGCAGCGACAAUGUCUACAGAAACUUCCCAGGCAACCAAAGUCCUCACUAUGCACUGGACGAAUUCGGUCAGCCAGUUGCUAACCUUCAUAAAGAGUAUGUUAGAAGUCCCCCUGCUGGUUCCCAUGAUGACCGUAUCCAUGGUGACCGUAUCCAUGGCAACCGCAGCAGCAGCCGCACCCCCAGCCCGGUGGUGUUGCACCAGGAGGAGGAUCUGUAUGGAGGUUGGGGGAAGGGCCGCUCGUCCGACAGUCUCUAUUCUGCAGUCAGCUCCAAACCCGGCCCUGACCUGGACAGCAGGGGAGAGUACAGGCUGGCAGACAGCAGCCCUCACGGUGGAGACCCAUAUAGAACAGACUAUGAUGCAAGAGAGCGGGAGUAUGAUCAGUACAACAUUCAGGAAAUUCGGGGAAGAAGCCCUGAGUACCAGCCUUCAGGGGAUCCCCACAGGGGUGAGCAACCUUCCUGGAACAGCCGGCAGGAGGGGAGGGGGGAGCAGGGUUCUUGGAACAGCCGGCAGGAGAAGAGGGAGGGGAGAGACGCCAGGGCGAGCAGGGAUGCAGGAAGGAGGGAGAGAUACGCUGAAGAGAAGCAGGGAACGAGGGAGAGAGAGAGAGACACGAGGAGCCAGUCUGGAAGGGAAAGGGAGCGCUCAAGAAGCCGUGAUCAAGGCAGGAGGGACUCACAAAACAGGAGGGAGCAACGUACAUCGUCACGGGCACGAGAUAGAGACAGGAGAGACUACGAACAGCAGAGUGACUUGCAGAGGAGUUUGGCAGACGAAAUAAACAAGAUUCGGCAGGACCCUGAUCGAACUGACAGGCAGCGGAAAAACGAGCGCAGCAGAAGCAGCCGCGGAAACUCUCGAGAUCAGCAAAGUGAGCGAAAACGGUCAGAAAAGUCGGCAGGCAGCGGUGCUAGUAGAAGUAGAACCAGCCAACAGCGAUCGUCACCCAAGCCGUCGGGUAAAGACUCGAGAAGCGUGAAACGUAAGAGAAGCCAGAGUCUCAGUCCCAGACGUAAGUCUCGCGGCAGACAAGACGAUGCGAGAGGAAGCCGCAGCUCAAGAGACAAGGAAGGAGACAGCAGAAGGCGGCGAAGCCCACGAGACAGCCGGCGUGAUGACAGCAGAAGAGGUGAGUCUCGUGGUCGGAAAGAAGACACGAGAGAAAAGAGAACUCGCCGUCCAAGCCCUUCAGAUCAAACAAACCGAAGGCAGCAGGAGAUUGCAGAUGAGGAAAGCAGCCAGAUGUGGCCUCUGCAGCCUCCCAGUACCCUGGAGCAGGCAUCCAACUGGGCCCUAGAAACACCCCAAGUUCAUGAUCAACAUACGGGCCUGCCGCCGUGGCAGCCAGUUGGUACGCAGGGGAGUUAUCGGGAGUUUGAGACGGAUGCAAGCUCUGUGUAUCGCAGCAACACUACUCAGGAAAGUACAGGCGGAAUGGGGCCACAGACUGACUUCCACGGGGAAGGGACUAGUACUGACAUGCCUCCUGGCGAACGAGGAAGAACUAUAGUGGAAAUCCAGCCAGCCGUAGAGACAGGUAAUGCACCCGCUUCAGGCGCAAGAACAGACAUGUGGGACGUUCAAAGUGCAGGAGCCAAAACUCAAGCAGAAUCUCUCCAAUCCCAGCCUAGCCCGGCUCCACAGAAAGGUGCGACACAAGCGAACCUGGUGGAGAUUCCCUCCUUCCAGCAAGCUCAGGAGAUGAAGAAACAGCGGAGCAAGAGCUCCUUGGAAGUUCCGUCCACCCCUCAACGUUUCCCUCCAAGCAUGAGCUUCCCAGAGAAGCUGCUGAUCCUAUCGGAAAGCUACGGCGUCCGAACCCGACAAGAGGUGGAGAAUCGGAUCCACAAGUACGAGAAGGAGGUGAAGGACGGUUACCUGAACAACGUAACGGUCGAGAACAAUGAUGACAAAGCUGUAGAACACCUGGGGGAACACCUGCCGCGCGGAGGGCUCUGGAAGAUCAAGCUGCUGCGGCGAAUCGUCGUGGAGUGCCUCCCCAAGAAAACUGUGGAGAUGAAGAACAAAAUCCUGUGGCUGUGCAAGCAGCUGCUUCCGCCGGAGGGCAUCGAAGUGACGGAGGACAUCUUCACGGCGCUCCUGGCUAAGAGAGUCACGAAGUACGGCUUGAAGAAAGCGGCUCCGUGUCCAGCGACGGGGGCAAACCUGCAGCAGCCGGAGCAGAAACAGGUGAAGAACGAGGAGAAGCGAGACAUGGUGGUGGAGUACCUGCAGAGGCUGGGCGUCCCGGCGACGCGCGAGGCCGUGAACGGGAUGCUUCAGAACGAGCAGAUGCUGGAGAACAUUGAGCGGACGUUCUGGCUCCCGCAUCAGGACCGCCGCCUCGUGGAGCGGUACCUCCGCCAGAUCCGCGUCCCCAUCACCCCCGAGGCCGUCAACAAGAUCAUCGGCAACCCCGACAUCCUGGCAGACAUCAAGAAGACAUUUGGGUCUUCAAAGGAAGGGAUCCCUUCCCAGCGCGGUAACGACGAUCAUCAGACUCAGAACAGCGCCGUGGCAACAAUCUCCAUGGCAACUGCAUCACAAGAACCACCUGCAAGCUUGUCAAUGACUCGGAAGCUCACACCCAGCAGCAGCACCAAGUCUGAUGCCACAGAGGCCAGCCCCUACAAGCACCUCUUGUCAUCCAAUGCUCCUGUUCAUCAGAACCAUCCAGCAGCUCCCCUAGCGAUGUCAGGCAGUACUGCAGCCUCUGUGAUGUACACACAACCCUCUGUUCACAUGUCUCAGGCAUCUUCUAUGGGCCUGCAGCAAGCACAGAACAGCAACACUUUCGGGGGCACCACACAAAUACAUGGACAGCACCAAAGACAGUUGAUGCAAGGGGAGGGUGAACAACAGGAAAGACAGCAGGGUAGUGCACAUGGAGGGUACAAUGAGAGAGGACAGCAGCAAAGACAACUAAUGCAUGGGGAGGGAAGACAGCAGGCAAGACAACUGGACAGUUCAAAUGCGGGGUACAACAAAGGGGGACAGCACCAAAGACAGAUGGACAGUUCGCGUGGGCAUUACAUCGAGGGUGGACAGCAACCAAGACAGCUGAUGCAUGGACAGGGUCGACAGCAGGCAAGGCAGCAGAUGCAAGGGGAAGGAGGACAGCACCAAAGGCAGCUGAACAGUUUGCAGCAAACACAGAACAACAACCCUUACGGGGCCCCCACACAGAUACAUGGACAGGGAGGACAGCACCAAGGACAGCAGAUGCAUGGCGAGGGUGGACAGCACCAAAGACAGCAGGACAGUUUGCAUGGGGGGUACAGCCAGGGUGGACAGCAGCAAAGACAGCCAGAUAGUUCACAUGUUGGGUACAUCGACCAGCAGCACAGAGCAGCAGGACAGCAGAUGCACGGGGAGGUUGGACAGCACCAAAGACAGCACCAAGGGCAGCAUGCGCAGAGUGGGCAGUACGUAGGUUAUGACAGCAUGGUGCCGAGGUCAGCAGCCGCAGAAUACCAUGGAACAGUGAACCCAGGUCUGCUGCCUUCCCAGCAGCAGAUGUACAUGUACGCAUCACCCGCCGCCUUCCCCCCACAGCCUGGCAUCUCAGAGCAGCUGCAACACUUCACAGCGCAGACACCCGGCCCGGCUGCUGCAGUGGAGAGCCUGGAAAGUACUCGGGUGUUUAUCAUGGAUCUUUUCCGCCAGGUUAACCUGGCCUGGGUGCCGGAGGCUACUGUUCAGGAGAUUCUGGGGAACCGGGAACUCGUGGAGCAGAUCCAGCGAUUUCGGGCGGUAGGAAUGCCACUAGAACUGCUCGUCAACUACCUGAAGCAGUGUUUGCAGCUGGUCAACCGUCAGUAGGCAGCUGGUCAACUGCAUUCAGCAGAAUGUACUGCACCUGUGCAAAACCCAUAAUGUAUUGUGCAUAGCACUUCAGCAUCUCAUAUAAUUCAUAUAUAAGGUUAACAUAUGUUUCCACAAGAUGUCGUCCGCAAUAGGCAAAAUUCUUAUUGACCAAACAUCCAACGAAAACCGUGAAAAGUCAGGGUUUUGCACAGGCGCAGUAUGUUCUGUCAAGGUUCUUUGGUCAACCGCCGUAGGCAGCUAGCCAACUGCAAGUCAGGUGUGAAGUAAUCCUCACUGUGGACUUGACAGAGAAGACAGACACUGUGUAUAUGUGUAUAGGCUUACUAUGCUGUGGAAAUUCCCCUAACUCUUUUUGACAAGGACAACAAUCAUUGGAUCAUUGCUUCAUGUUCGGUCCUAAGGACUGCGACCCUUUCCAGUUAGUAGACAAGUCAGCUGAAAGUUCAUCUGUGUUGGUAGAAGUCAUCGUGAACCAUUUAAACUGCAGAUACAUGCGCUAUAUGCAAAGAUGCCAACCCACCACCUACAUGUACUCCAACAACUCCCAAGUGUGGAGCCUGCGAAGGCCUUCUCAUACCAACACAGAUCACCCACCAUGCCAGCAAAAAAAGGAACGGGAAGAAACUUGCAACUGCCUGCAAUCACUGCACAGGAACUCUUUAAGAUUCCAAGAACAAAGGACUCAUUUUACACCUCUGUCAUUCUUAUUUCUGGACUGAUAAAAGUUUCAGAUUUGUACUGAGAUGAGGUUAUGUUUUGUUUUUUUUGUCGGAAUGUGGGGGAUAUGCUGUGCUCUAUUUUGGUUCAAUGCUGUAUUUCUGAAAUGGGAAAGUGAAAACAAACCAUUCCAGUAGACUUUAUGUCAUGUUCUAUCUCAAGUGAAAGUUUGCAAUCAAGAUGUGCAACGUUUUUGUAAGACCUGCUUCAAAGUUUGUGUCUUAUAUUUGGGGUAUGUAUUCCUAUUAAGGAAUGAUGGAAUCGCCGAUAACAUUCCUUCUCUUUUUAUACUGGGAAGUCUGUAAUGCUAGUACUUGGUGACACCCCUUACUGUGCCAUUCUGAACUUUUUGUUAUGGGGCCAUCCCCAGCAUUUCAAUGGAAUAGACAAACUAUUUCGUUCAAAUUGUGCCAAGCCAAAUUGUGUAAUUAUUAGUGAUCAGUGUGUUUCUUUAGUUUGCCAUAAACAGAUAUGUGUCCAGAUGAUGAAGUUAUUUGUUAGAUCUGUGAAUGAUGAUGAUGUCUAAUGCUAAGGUCACAAUUCUCAACCUAGGGCAGUUUCUGAAAACAAAAAGUAUGAUAUAUAUAAUACAAGGAAACAAAGAAAGUUUUCAAAAAACUAAUCAUGACUACUAUUUGUGUAUUUUGUUGACAUGACUUAUUUUUCGUUUAUGCAAACCACCCGGCCAGGUCCUGGUUUGGAAAUGUGACCUUAGCAUAAGUUUUGUGGAUGUACGUACUGAUAGAGGUCUGUAAAUGAUACUGUUUUAAGUUAACCUUCAACAUGCUUAGGCAGCUGUU